GAUGCAGACGCCCCCCUCCUUCCCCCGGAGUUGGGAAGGAAACCGAGAAGGCUACGCAUAACCACAGGACGGCUGUGAUUACGAGCAAACCGCGGUCAGAGGGUCCGCUUACGUCGCCGGACUCAAAACGAGUUGCUUCCCCGGACAGAUCUGAGUGAAGUGAACACUUCGGAGGUGUUCUUCGAGUACGCGUGUUGGGUUGGUUGGCCGGUUCACCGUAACGUCAGAGAAACAUGCCCGUCUCUCUCUGGUUGCACGGGGGGAUCUAACCGAGGGAUGGCCGCGGACGUGAGGAAAAGAUCGAGUCCGGAGAAAGGAGCCGUGACCUCGGACGGCGAACAUGUGGGAAACACGACCGGAGAAGACGGUGCCCGGUCCCAAGGGUUCGCCCGCUCGUGGUUUUGCGGACUACUCCCCAAACUGCUCAUUAUCGCGGCGGUUCCCAUCGUAGCCUUCGCCUUCAAAUAUUACCAAGACGGGCAGCUUCUGAAGCGACAUCCUGUGUCCCUGGCAGGUAUCUCCCCUCCAGGGGAGUUCGAGGAGGAGGUCCCCCAGGACCCCAAUGGGGAGACGCUAACUGUCGAGGCCAAGAUGCAGCCUCUCCUGCUGGAGACCAUGACCAAGAGCAAGGACGGAUUCCUGGGGGUUACCCACAGUUCCCUGAGCGGCCUGCGCUCCUGGAGGGGCCCCGCCGUGCCCUCCUCCGUCUUCUUCGCCAGCCAGUUCCGCGGCUUCCUGCCGCCCAAGAACAAGCUGGAGGCGGGGGAGCCCUGGUGGCUGGUGCCCAGCGAGCUCAACAUCUUCACGGGGUACCUCCCCAACAACCGCUACAACCCCCCGACCCCCAGGGGCAAAGAGGUCAUCCUGCACUCCCUGCUCAGCAUGCUGCACCCCCGCCCAUUCAUAAAAUCCCGCUUCGCCCCCCAGGGGGCGGUGGCCUGCAUCCGCGCCAUCAGCGACUUCUAUUAUGACAUCAUCUUCAGGAUCCACGCCGAGUUCCAGCUGAACGAGGUCCCAAACUUCCCCUUCUGGUUCACCCCCGGCCAGUUUACCGGAAACAUCGUCCUGUCCCACGACUCCUCGCACGUGCGCGAGUUCCACCUCUACGUCCCCAACAACAGGUCUCUGAAUGUGGACAUGGAGUGGCUCUACGGGGCCAGUGAGGGCAGUAAUAUGGAGGUGGACAUCGGCUACCUGCCGCAGAUGGAGCUGCAGGCCUCUGGCCCCUCCGUUCCCUCCUUCAUCCAGGACGAGGAGGGGAACGUCAUCGACAGCCGGGGGGGGGAGGGCGACCCCAUCCAGUUUGUGUUUGAGGAGAUUCACUGGAAGAGUGAGAUCAGCCAGGGGGAAGCAGCUCGCCGUUUGGAGCUCACGCUGUACCCCUUCAAAAAGGUGGCCUACCUGCCGUUCUCGGAGGCCUUCGGCAGGGCCCGGGAGGAGAAGAAGCUGGUGCACUCCAUCCUCCUGUGGGGGGCGCUAGACGACCAGUCCUGCUGAGGUUCCGGGCGGACUCUCCGGGAGACAGUCCUGGAAAGUUCGCCCGUUCUGACUCUGCUCAAUCAGAGCUUCAUCAGCAGCUGGUCUCUGGUCAAGGAGCUGGAGGAAAUGCAGGCUGACGUCAGUAACCCCGCCCUGAGUAGCAUUGCCGCGCUGCACCUGCAGAAGUACAACUUCCCCGUGGAGAUGAUGCUGUCACUGCCCAACGGCACCGUGAUCCACCACAUCAACGCCAACUACUUCCUGGACCAGACGGCCAUGAAGCCGGAGGAGGAGGCGGACAGUACUAUGUUCAGCUUCGCGGGGGGGUUUGAGGACCCCUCCACCGCCACGUACAUCCGCUUCCUGCGGGAGGGGCUGGAGAAGGCCAGAGAGCACCUGGCAUAGCGAGGAGGGGGAGCGGGAACGCCGGAGCGCGUGCGGGAAUUCCGGAAUGUGUGCGGGAAUGUGGGAAUGUGUGCGGGAAUGCCGGAAUGUGUGCGGGAAUUCCGGAAUGUGUGCGGGAAUGUCAGAGCGUGCACAGGGAAGGGGGGGGGGGGAGUGGUUAUCUGCCACGGUCGCUCCACUGUGUGUCGGUAAACGCAACCGGAAAAAACCUCCGAACACAUUUUCCACAAGAGUUCAGUCCAACUGUCACAUCCAACGGCGUCACUGACUAUUCUCAGCAUACCCAGUCUCAUGUUCUGCAUUACAGUCAGAUUGCAUCAGCAUCCAAACGGCUUUCUCCACGAGGGAGUGCGUAACAUCUGUCAGUGUUUCCCCCCCCCCCCCCCCCCCCAAUGCAGUACAUUGAUGGCUGGGACUCAACGUGUUGACUAACACUGACUAACAGGCAAAAGCAAAGAAUCAUCACGUCUGAAGACAAACUGUUAACACCUGCGUUUACUUGCGAGUCGAAUUUAAGGACGGAGGUUUUCUCUCUUUUUUGCGAGGUUAUGUUCCCUCGCGGCGACACACAGCGGAGAGGCUUGGCACGGAUUUAUUACUGAGCGUCUGUAAGUCAGGGGGUUUGUGGGUUCGUCGCCGUUAUUUUUAGCCGGCAAAACGUGCGUUAAUAUUGCUGAAAGGGGUGUGGAAAGUUUCGCAACGUGGUUCACAGGUCGGGUUGUGGAUGAACUGGCCGUGGAUCCGCCAGCUCGUACAGGUUGAGGCCCACAGCAUUAGCUCUGGGGGGCUCUGUUAAGGGAGGCGUUAGCAUAGCCUCCACCGCUAACCUUUUACCUAAAAAUUAUGCCAAAAAAGCAAAGACUGCACUGCAAAAAUAUCAAUCUUUAUAUAUUUUUUGUAUUCUUGUCUGUCGUGCAAUACGUAAGCUCCUGAAAGGCUUUUUUUGAAAUGCUGUUUUUCAUGUAAAAAAAUGCAGUUUUCCAAUGGAUGUCACUUCUACACAUUGCCCACUAGGGGCAGGGUGGAGGCGAGUGCUGUUUCCUGGGCUUCGGUGCUUUGUGAGGGCCUGGUCUGAAAGCUCUGAUUGGGCAAGGCAAGGCCUGAUGUCAUCACUGAGUGUCCCAAAAAAACAGACUUGUUGCCCUAACCCUGUCCCAUGUGGGGGUAGUGGGUGGGUGGGUAUAGAGUGGGGUGGGACCGCA